AUGAACGACCUGUCCGAGUUCCACGCGCUCGCCGACGUCGUGAACCCCGACGUCUUCGGGCCGCUGGCGGCCUUCAAGCGCGACGUCGCGCGGCCCAUCGAGGCCGGCGCGGUCCGGGGCGCGUCGCGGGAGAAGCGUUUGGCGGCGACGGAGGCCAAGGACGCGCUCCGCGCGCGCGCGGCGGCCUUCUACCUCCGGCGCACGGCGGCGGACGUGAGCCGCGCGUCCCUCCCGCCGAAGACGGUCCACGUCGUCUGCUGCCGCCUCCGCGCGGGCCAGGCCGCCGCGUACGCGGCGGCCGCGGCGGCGGACGUCGACGCUCUGGCGAAGAUCCAGCGGCUCCGCGCGCUCGCGACGCGCGGCGCCGACGGCGACCGCGCCGCGAGCGGCAAGCUCGACGUCGCCUUCGCGCUGCUGGCCCACCUCCGGGCCCGGCCCGCGAAGGAGCGCGCGGUGCUCGUGUCGACGUCGACGGUGACGCUGGACGCGUGCGCGCGCGAGUGCGAGUCGCGCGGCUGGCCCGCGGCGCGCCUCGACGGGUCGACGCCCGCGGGCGAGCGCCAGGGCCUCGUCAACGCCUUCAACCGGCCCCGGAGCGACGCCUUCGUCUUCCUCCUGAGCACGCGCGCGGGCGGCUGCGGGCUGAACUUGGUCGGCGCCUCCCGCUUGCUGCUCCUCGACCCGGACUGGAACCCGGCGGCGGACGAGCAGGCCAUGGCGCGCGUCUGGCGCGACGGCCAGACGCGGCCCGUCCACGUCUACCGGCUCCUCGGCGCGGGCACGGUCGACGAGAAGAUCUUCAUGCGCCAGCUCGGCAAGCACGACGUCAACGACGGCGUCGUC